AUGUCGGCCGGGGGAGAACAUCUGAAGGAUGAGGGCACCCGGCGACAGGUCGUCCUUGCCGGUGGCAUAGCGGGUUUGGUUUCCAGAUUCUGCAUCGCACCCCUCGAUGUCGUCAAGAUCCGCCUCCAAUUGCAAAUCCACUCCCUCUCCGACCCGACAUCCCAUCAGUAUGUGAAAGGGCCGGUCUAUAAGGGCACGUUGUCGACGAUGCGGUCGAUCGUGCGCCAGGAAGGCAUCACCGGCCUCUGGAAAGGCAACGUCCCCGCAGAGCUAAUGUACGUAUGUUACGGCGCCGCACAAUUCACGACCUACCGCACAACCACGCAAGCCCUCUCCCAACUCCCCUACCGCCUACCUCCGCCCGCCGAGUCCUUCGUCGCGGGCGCCCUCGCCGGCGGAACCGCCACGGCAGCCACCUACCCCCUCGACCUCCUCCGGACGCGAUUCGCAGCGCAAGGCCCCGAGCGCGUCUACCGGUCUCUACUGGGGUCAGUACGCGACAUCGCGGCGCGGGAAGGACCGCGGGGCUUUUUCCGCGGGUGCAGUGCCGCGGUGGGCCAGAUCGUGCCGUACAUGGGACUGUUCUUCGCGACGUAUGAGUCGUUGAGGCCGUCGUUGGCUGGACUGCAUGAUUUGCCGUUCGGGUCGGGGGAUGCGGUCGCGGGCGUCGUGUCGAGUGUGUUGGCGAAGACGGGUGUUUUCCCGUUGGAUCUGGUUAGGAAGAGGUUGCAGGUGCAAGGGCCGACGCGCUCGUUGUAUGUGCAUCGGAAUAUUCCCGAGUAUCGGGGCGUGUUUAAUACGAUUGCCAUGAUCGUGCGGACGCAGGGCGUUCGCGGGCUCUAUCGCGGAUUGACCGUGAGCUUGUUCAAGGCGGCACCGGCCAGCGCGGUGACCAUGUGGACGUACGAGGAGUCGCUGAAGCUACUGCAGAAGAUGGAUGCAGUGGCCGACGAGUAA